AUGCAGUUCAGUACCGCUGUUAACGACCUCUUGAAGUAUGACCGGGAUCACAUAUGGCACCCGUACACAUCUAUGAGCAAUCCAAUGAUGGUUUAUCCCGUCAAGGAAGCCAGAGGCUGCGAGAUGAUAUUGGCUUCUGAGGAACCCAAAGAUUACAGAAUGAUUGAUGCUAUGUCAUCAUGGUGGUGUGCAAUUCAUGGCUAUAAUAAUCAAGAGAUCAAUGAUGCGCUAGUGUCACAAAUCAGUAAAGUGUCCCACGUUAUGUUCGGCGGGUUGACGCAUGAACCUGCUGUCUCACUCGUUGGGAAGCUUUUAACAUUGCUAGAUCACAGUGAGUUGCAACAUUGCUUCCUGGCGGAUUCGGGCUCAGUCGCUAUGGAGAUUGCCCUGAAGAUGGCUCUCCAAUACCAAUGGAGCUUGACUCCUGCUAGUGACUCGGAAUUCAAGAAAACCAAAUUUUUGACUAUUUCAAGAGGCUAUCAUGGCGACACUAUUGGUGCAAUGAGUGUUUGUGAUCCAAAGAGUUCUAUGCAUUCCAUUUAUGCUGGUUACGUGGCUGAGAAUAUCUUCGUUACGGGCCCCCCUACAGUGCCAACGCUACCUACAUCAAAUAUCUACCUCGAAAAUAAGGAGCUCUUUAACGAAGCGGUCACAUUUGAUCCAGAGUGUUUAGAAGUAUUCCGUUCCAAGCUCGAGCACGAAAUUGAAGAAAUUUGCGCUGUCGUGCUUGAGCCAAUUUUGCAAGGUGCGGGUGGAAUGAGACUUUACCACCCGCAGUUUUUAAUUGAGGUUAGGAAGCUAUGUGAUCAAUACGAUGUUCCGCUUAUUAUGGAUGAGAUUGCAACGGGAUUCGGUCGCACAGGUGCUAUGUUUGCCUUUCACCACUGUAGAGCUUAUCAAGAUGAUAUGAACAUUCCAAAGGACUCUCAGGUUGAUGUUUAUCCAGAUAUAAUUUGCGUCGGGAAGGCCUUGACCGGUGGAUACAUGACAUUAAGUGCCGUCGUUACAACUCCCAAAAUCGCUAUGACCAUUUCUAAUCCUGAACUUCAAACGGGCGGGUGCCUCAUGCAUGGACCGACAUUCAUGGGUAAUCCUCUCGCGUGUGCUGCCGCCAAUAAGUCUUUAGAUAUACUUUUACGAGGUGAUUGGACAACGCAGGUGCAACGCAUCGAGAGGCAGCUAUUCGAUGGAUUGUACAAGGAUGUUUUGUCAGACAGCAAGAUUAGUUCGGUGAUAUCUGAUAUUAGAAUCACUGGAGCUGUUGCCGUGUUGGAAUUGAAACAAUCAGUUGACUCCUUGUGGUUCCACCACAAAUUUGUGUCCAAAGGAGUGUAUGUUAGACCUUUCAGAAAUUUAUGUUACAUCAUGCCUCCAUAUAUUAUCUCUCCUGAACAGCUUGACAAAGUGACCAGGGUAAUUAGAGAGGUCCUUAGAGAGUGGGCCGAUAAAGUUUUAGCAUAG